AUGUUCAAGAGGGCGGGGCUCAUGGGUAGCCAUCGCGACUUUCAGGCCGCGCUGUGGCGGUUUAGAACAGACCCCUACUUGAUGCAAAAGUAUUACAGAACAAGAAUGGUAAAGGACUUGAACGGCGAAAUUUGGGAGAAGGAGAAGCACCAAAUCGUCAUGACCGGAUACAUGCACAGACUAAUCUCCGAGUCCGCGUUCAAGUUCUGGCUUUUGGGCACGGGGGGCAAGAUCCUGGUCUACGCAUCACCGAAUCAAGUGGACAGGGCACUCGGGAUCGGUCGCACGGCAGAGCAGGCGAGCAGCAAGAGAGGAAUGGCCAAACGAGAGACCUGGGGCAGCAACGCCCUAGGAGAGGCCCUGAUGAUCUUGCGGGGGAUGGUCGAGCAGCUGUUGGACGAGGAGGAGGUAACGCCUACCUUUGGGGAGAUAGCCAAGCGGCCGUUGGACCAGGAGAAGGUAAGGCCUAAGACCUUGUCCGAGCAGAACUUUGCCCGCAAACUCAAGGAGCUCGUCUUGGACCUCUUUAAGAAGCCAGUUAGAAAGGAGACAGACGUGGACCCGACUCAGGGCCUAGAUAAGGCCCCUAGCGCUACGACGACGGACGAUGAAGUCGCGACGAAGGACGAUGAAGAUGCGACGUCGGAGGAUGAAGUCUGA